AUGCAGAUCUUCGCAUGGCUAUUUGCCUUUUUUGCCGUUGCCAUCAAUCAUGUGGCUUCCCACCGCAUCAGCAAGCACUCCAUCGACACGAGCGGAAAAUCUUUGAUGAAGGAAGCUCGCCACGGCAUUGAGGACUUGGGCGCUCAGGAUUGGGCUGUGUUUGCCCCUGACGACAAUGAGACGGGCGAGGACGAGCUGGCCGCGGUCGAUGAGACGGGCGAGCCGGCCGCGGUCGAUGCAACCGGAGUGAUCGCAGCUCUGGACCAGUAUGCGACCGAGCAGAAAUCCAAGAUCGAUGAGCACAGUGCACAACGGAAAUCCGAAAUCGAUGAGCACAGUGCGCAGCAGAAAUCCGAAAUCGAUGAGCACAGUGCGCAACGGAAGUCCGAAAUCGAUCAGCAAAGUGCUCAACAGAAAUCUGGAAUAGAUCAGCAGCAGGCCGCAACCAUCGAUUUUUUGAAACAGCCAUCUGCCGAACUAAUUGUCACAGCCACGAACUCCCACCUCGAGACCAUCAAGCGACAGAAUUCGACGAUCCACCAGUUGCGUGAUGAGAUUGAGCAUUUGAGGCACCCGGCGCACCCAGGCUAUUUCGUGUGGAACAUCUCCGGUGAAGACUUCUCAGGCGUGGCCCGCGACCACUUUGUGGAGAGCCCCAAGUUCAACCUCUUCCCCCGCAGCCCGACUCUGUCAGGCACGUUUUGGCUGAGAUACUAUCCGGAAGGGACCUUCGCCAGUGAGAGACCUUGGUACGUAGGCCUCUACUUGAAGCACAACGGGACAUGCGACGACAUAGAGGGGAUUCUCACCGCAGACUCCGCGUCCAGGUUCAUUGAAGAGACCGUAUGCAAUCAUCACGAUGGUCUGAAAACCUGGGGCUCAAGCAACUUCAUGAAUCAGGAGCUCCACGUCAUCAGUGUGAGCAUUACGAAGGAUUGCGACGGUUCUGCGGCCUUCCUCGACUAG